AUGGCUCAAUUAAAAGAAUAUGUACGAAAACUUUGGCCUCCGAAACAAACUUACAUUCGUAUUCCAUUAGAUGAAGUAUUAUUAUCACACAUCGAUGUACAUAAUCAUACCCUACGAUUAACAAAGACCGGAUUUCUUUUUCAAACUUAUCUAUGGAUUUGUAGACACAAAUGCCUAUUUACUUUCAUUAUUUUCAUUGGUAUACCAGUCUUACUCUAUACAUUUCUAUUACUUUUAUCAACGACUCAAGUAUUACUACCAAAAGAUAUCCGAUCAAAUAAUAUUCGUCGACUUCUAUUAGUUGUUGCUCACCCUGACGACGAAUGUUUAUUUUUUUCGCCUACAUUACGUGCUUUUCAAGCCCAGCAUAAUAUCGAAUUAAGUUUAUUAGUUUUCUCACGUGGUAACCAUGUCGGCCUAGGCAACACUCGUGCUCGUGAACUACUUGGAUCAUGCCAAGCAUUAAACAUUCCCAGAGAACGUUGUCUAUCAUUAGAUUUGCCAAACAUACAAGAUAAUCCAAAAAUUUGGUGGUCACAACAAGAGCUGAUUCCUAUCAUCACUCGAUACAUUGAUUUAUGGUCCAUCGAUUUAUUGAUAUCGUUCGAUCGGCAAGGUGUAUCGGGCCAUAUAAAUCACCGCGCUGUUGGAUUGGCUGUUCGUGAAAUAAUAACAAGUGGCAAUCAUACAAAAGUAAAAAUAGCUUAUGAAUUACAAUCAGUUUCAUUACUUCGUAAAUAUUCAUCGAUCAUUGAUGUAUAUUUUGUCUUUAUCUCGUUUCUCCCACGUAUAUUACGUGCGCUGUUCUCUUCAAUAAUUCCUUUCAAUCUAAUUUCAUCACCAAACUCAUCUCGAGUGCUGCUACUUAGUACUCCGCAUGAUUAUAUGACUUCGCGUACGGCUUUUGCUAGCCAUCUAAGCCAAUACAGUUGGGAUCGCCAUAUAUAUCUAAUUGCAAGUCGUUACAUGUUUAUUAAUGAACUGAACUAUAUAGAAAAGAAAAUAGUAGGACAAUGA